ACCCCUGCUCUCUCGCCCUCUCUCUCUGCGCGUGGUGUCACCGUGUCAACGCUUUUUCUCUGCGUUUUCUUUCACACUCCUCGCUUCUCAGCUUCUAACUUUGGAGUUUGGACCCUUUGUGAGCUUCUUUCAUGCUCUCAUUCUCCAUCAAAGUUUUUCUGGGUUCUGUUUUUCUCUCUCUAGGUGAGUGAACUGUUAGGGUUUUAUCCCUUGAGGGUCGAAAUUGGACAGUUAUGGUGAGGAAACAUGGAUGGCAACUGCCAGCGCACACCCUUCAGGUGGUUGCAAUUACUGUGUUUUGCUUACUAGUGGUGGCAUUCUAUGCUUUCUUUGCCCCUUUCCUCGGAGGCCGUAUUUGGGAGUAUGCUUUGGUCGGUACUUACUCACCAGUGGCCCUCCUUGUUUUCAUUCUUUACGUCCGGUGCACUGCAAUAAACCCUGCAGAUCCUGGCAUCAUGUCUAAGUUCAGUUCUGGUGGAUCAAAUAAGCCCAAUAAGAAUCAUCAGUUAUCAGUGAAGGACCUGCCUAGAAAAUUUGAUGACAUUGGAAGUGGGAUGCAAUCUUCCCCAUCAUCAGUUUCUAAAAGUUCCAUGGCCGCAUCUAAUUUUAGUAGAAAAGGCUCUGUGGGAGAAGUUGGGAAUGCGCCAGUGGAGGCUGCAACCAGAAAAUCAUGUUCCGGCUUUGGUGGAAUCUUCUGUGCAUUGUUUGUUUAUGAAGAUUGCCGGAAACAGGAAGGGAUUGUUGAGCAACAGGGCACUUGUGAAGAUGCAUUGUACUGCACAUUGUGCAAUGCUGAGGUGCGGAAAUUUGCUAAACACUGCAGAAGUUGUGAUAAAUGUGUGGAUGGUUUUGAUCACCAUUGCCGGUGGCUUAACAAUUGUGUGGGGUACAAAAAUUACGUCACUUUUAUCUCUCUAAUGGCUAUGAGUCUCAUUUGGCUUUUGAUUGAAGGAGGAGUUGGUAUUGCUGUAUUUGUCCGUUGUUUUGUUAAUAAGGAGAGCAUGGAAUCUGAAAUUAUUGAUAAACUUGGAAAUGGUUUCUCUCGUGCCCCAUUUGCGACGGUUGUGGCUUUAUGUACUGCAGUUUCCAUCCUGGCUUGUGUACCUCUGGGUGAGCUCUUUUUUUUCCACAUGAUAUUGAUCAGAAAGGGUAUUACAACCUAUGAGUAUGUUGUGGCAAUGAGGACAAUGAGUGAGGCCCCUGCUGGGGCAUUUGCAGACCAGGAGCUGCCAAAUUUUAUGUACUCUCCAUCAGGGUCUGCAACAACUGGCGGGAGUUCUCUAGGUCUGCAGUACAAGGGAGCAUGGUGUACCCCUCCAAGGAUUUUUGUGGAUUAUCAGGAUGAAGUUGUCCCUCACUUGGAGCCUGGAAUGGUCCCAUCAACUGUUGACCCAGAUGCAGCUGGUUUGGCGGAGAAAGGUCACAAGGCACCCAAAAGGCCAGUUCGUAUUAGUGCUUGGAAGCUUGCGAAUUUGGAUUCUGCAGAAGCUAUGAAGGCAGCAGCCAAAGCUAGAGCGUCAUCUUCUGUUUUUAGGCCAGUUGAUAACAGCCGUUUGCCAGAUACUGAAUUUAGCUCGAGUGGAAACAUGAGUAUGAGAAGUAGUAUUAGCACUGAACCUGGGGCAAAUAAGGAUGUUAAAAAUGAUCUGAGGUUAUCUCCAUUGAGAAAUUCUAUUGCUCCGAGUCAAGGUAGCCGGGAUGAGUAUGAAUCAGGGACUCAAAGCAUUAGUAGUUUUAGCAGUCCAAGCCAUAUGCAUGAGUCAGUCACUCUGAGCCCUCUACCGCAGGCACAUGGUUUAGGUGGUUUUGGUGCUGCAACCUCUGCUCCUGGCUUUAUUGAUGAAUCUCAAUCAACUUCCAAGGCACUUCUACCUAAUGUCUACAAUCCGUUAUCCCAUCCUUCAACAGGUUUUGAUGAAAAAAUCACGCAAAAGGGGAAUAUCACUGACCCACUGCUGCUUUCAGCUCCAGCGGCUACUCUUCUUAGAGAUGUCAGGAGAACAUCUGUUGUUUGGGACCAAGAAGCUGGGAGGUAUGUCUCAGUUCCUGUAUCUGCAUCGGAAACUAGGAACAGAUCAUCUUUGCAAAUAGGAUUACCCACUUCUGGUGCUGAAACAAGCUCUCAUAGUAGAAGACCUAUUUUACCAGCUCAAGAGCCUUCAUCUUCAGCUAAAAAGGCUCUAGAUCAGAAAGCUGAGAAGCUGAUGUACACCGGGGAGUCAAUUUUCUUCGGUGGCCCACUUGUCCCAGUUAGAGAGAAUCAGAGAAAUGAAAGGGCUUCAGGUUUAACGGAGGGACAAGAGAGGGUAGCAGUAGCACCUCGGGAGUCUAGAAUCAGAAGGGAUUCAGCCUCAAACCAACUUCCUGUUUUUGUUCCUGUGGGUUAUGAGCAAAAUAGUGCGUUCGGGUUUAACUCAAAGUAGAUUUAAACUUACAAUUUAAGCUUCUUGUGAAGUAUGUUGUCACAUUCCUUGUAAUUGUGGCUUGUGAACGGAGGGCUUGGGAAGAAACCUCUGAAGGGAGCUGCCUGGAACCUUGCAUUUUUGAGCUAUUGUGAAUGAUUCUGUAGUGAGGUUCUAGUGGUUUCUUCUCGGAUAAGUUUCAUCAUUUGAUUGGUUCGACUAUAGAUGGAAGUUUUUCAAUGAGAACGGAAUCUCGUGUCGCUCCCACCUCCCAUAUAUCCCCUGUAGAAUUGAGCUGUGCUAGCUGGUCUGGAAAGUUCAAUUAUUCAAGCUUCUGUGCUUUGUGUCUAAUGGCUCUUACACAAGAACUACCAUAUGUUAGGGAUGUUAACACCUUCAUUAUCUUUUUAACUUGCUUGUCUA